AUGUCCACAUCCGUCCUCUCAUCACAGGUCAAGGACCAGUCCUUGAUCGUCUCGUCCGGUCUCGUCAACGGCGAGUGGAGGACAGGCGUCAACGGCAAGACCUUCAAUGUCUCCGAACCCUCCACCAACACCACCCUCCUCGAAUGCGCCGACCUCGACCAGCAGGACUUCGUCGAUGCCAUUGCCAGCGCCAAGAUCGGAACCAAGGAAUUCCACGAGAACACAACCGCCAAGGAGAGAGGCGCCCUCCUGCGAAAAUGGUACGACCUGAUCAUCGCCAACUCAGCAGACAUCGCAACUAUCCUCUCCCUCGAGAACGGCAAGACCCGCGCCGAGGCCGAGGGUGAGGUCAAGUACGCUGCUGGCUUCAUCUCCUGGUUCGCCGAGGAGGCCACCCGAUCAUACGGCGAUGUCAUCCCCUCCUCCUACCAAAACUCCAUGGUCAUCACACUCAAGGAGCCCGUCGGUGUCUGCGGCAUCAUCACUCCCUGGAACUUCCCCGCCGCCAUGAUCACCCGCAAGGUCGCCCCCGCCAUCGCCGCCGGCUGCUCCGUCGUCAUCAAGCCCCCCAGCGAGACCCCCUUCACGGCCCUCACCCUCGCCAAGCUGGCCCUCGAGGCCGGCAUCCCCGCCAACUGCUUCCACGUCGUGCCGACCAAGAACCGCCAGGCCUCCAUGGAGCUCGCCAACAGCCCCGACGUCAAGAAGCUGAGCUUCACCGGCUCCACCGGCGUCGGCAAGAUCCUCACCAAGGCCGCUGCCGGCACCAUGAAGCGCGUGAGCAUGGAGCUCGGUGGAAACGCCCCCUUCAUCGUCUUCGAGGAUGCCGACCUCGACAAGGCCGUUGACGGCGCCAUGAUCUGCAAGUUCCGCGGCUCCGGCCAAACCUGCGUGUGCGCCAACCGUCUCCUGGUCCACGAGAAGGUCAAGGACGCCUUCGUCGAGAAGCUCGUCGCCCGCGUCAACGCCCUCAAGCUCGGCCGCGGCAUCGACGAGGGCACCACCCAGGGCCCCCUGAUCAACGCCGGCGCCGUCACCAAGGUCACCGAGCACGUCGCCGACGCCCUCGCCAAGGGCGGCGUCCUCCACGCGGGAGGCAAGCCCCCCGCCGACAGCAAGGGCUUCUUCUACGAGCCCACCGUCAUCAGCGGCGCCACCCCCCAGAUGCAGGUCGCCACCGACGAGACCUUCGGGCCCCUCGCCGCCAUCUUCUCCUUCGCCUCUGAGAGCGAGGCCGUCGAGCUCGCCAACGCGACCGAGUUCGGCCUCGCCGGGUACUUCUUCAGCAAGGACAUUGGCCGCGUCAUGCGCGUCGCCCGCAAGCUCGAGUGCGGCAUGGUGGGCGUCAACACUGGUCUGAUGAGCGCUGCCGAGACUCCCUUUGGCGGAAUCAAGGAGAGUGGUCUCGGUCGCGAGGGAAGCAAGUACGGAAUGGCCGAGUACCAGAACAUCAAGUCCAUUACCAUCGGAAACCUGGACAGCUAG